AUGGCAAGUGAACUCAGUUCAAAUGAAAGUGAACCGUUUCAACAUUCGUCAUCGGAUUUCAUUCCCGAUUCCGAAUCAAGUGAGAGUGAUGAAGAACAACCUCCUUUAAGCAAUGUUGCCACUACGUUUGGACUGGUUGACAAUAAAAAAUCUAAAAAGAGAAGCAGUAAUCCGAAGUUUUGGAUGCGAAACCAAAGAAAAUUAAAAAGAGUUAAGGGCGAGGAGUGCACUAAUGUUAAAGGAAACCCAGUGGAAAGACGAAGUAGAGAAGUUCCGUGUCAGUGCAGCUUCAAAUGCUUUGAAUGCAUAAGCGAAGAAACGCUUGAUGAAAUUUUUAAGUCUUUUUGUGGAAUAGGCGAUAAAGAGCAACAAGAUUACUAUUUAGAUAAGAAAAAAUUAUUCACAUGCGGUUUAAUACAGACGAUAAACGUUCAAAGAAGGCGACCGAAAGGAGGUGGUGGAGUUCUAAGAAGCCAAACGUUUUCGUAUAAAAUAAAAAGAGGAGUAUUUGAAAAAAGAGUGUGUAAAACGGCAUUUAUGAACUUUCACGCAAUAACAAAAAGUAGAGUGGAGAGAAUAGCGACUCAUAUGGCUUCAAAUAUAGUAGGACCAAAAUAUAUGCGAGGACGCCAUGAAACUAGACCAAAUAAAAUCCGAGAUCAUAUUGUCAAGUCCAUUAAGGAACAAAACAAUAGCUUUCCAAGAAGAAAAACCCAUUAUAGCAGAAAUGAUAAUAUAAACAGACGAUAUCUUUCAUCCGAACUGAAUUUAAGGUUCAUCUAUGGCUAA